GUCAGCAUAUUUUCAUGAUGUAGAGAUGAGUCUUCUCAUCACCAUAGGGUUCAGCUCGAUAGUUUCAUGCAGAAUUCACGCGAACUUCGGCCAUAACUGAGAACGCAUCAUGCGCGUCUGUUCCUGGCAAAGCAUUUUGCAUAUCAAAAUUAACGUUUUAAGCCAUACAUAAGACAGCCAUAUCAUCGAAUGAACCACUCAGCAGAUCCCUUUUUUCGCGUGAAAUGGCCAUCAAGUUUUCGUAUCCCUUUGUCGCUGCCGCUCUCAGCACCGCAACUAUCCUCGUUAAUGCCGAGACAUCUGCGCUGCUCCAGUUUGCAGGUGUGAAUAUUGCAGGUUUUGACUUCGGUUGUGGUACAGAUGGCACUUGCAUUGCUUCAAACGCUGUUCCCCCUAUCCACCAACUAUCCGGUAUUGAUGGCUUGGGCCAAAUGCAACAUUUUGUCAAACAUGAUGGCUACAAUGUGUUCCGUCUCCCUGUCGGCUGGCAGUACCUCACUAACGACCAGAUGACUGGCGUCUUGGAUGAGACUCACUUUGCCAACUAUAAUAUGCUGGUGUCAGACUGUCUGAGCACUGGCGCUCACUGUGUGAUUGAUAUCCAUAAUUACGCCAGGUACAAUGGGCAGAUUAUCGGUCAAGGCGGUCCAAGCAACGAAAUCUUCGCUGAGCUCUGGUCCAACAUUGCCUCGCACUGGAAGAAGGAGACGAAAGUCAUCUUUGGAGUUAUGAACGAACCUCAUGAUAUCCCGAAUAUCAGCACCUGGGCAAAGUCCGGUAAGAGUGCAGUUACAGCCAUUCGCAAAGCCGGCGCUACCACCCAGAUGAUUCUCCUUCCCGGGACCGACUAUACUUCUGCGAAAACUUUCGUUUCCAGUGGUUCCGCUGAUGCCCUUGUUGCGGUGCGGAACCCUGACAACACAACCACCAACCUCAUUAUGGACGUCCACAAGUACCUCGACUCCGACGGCUCUGGUACCAACACUGAGUGCGUGACCAACGCCGUUGAGGACACCUGGCAUCCUCUGACCACCUGGCUCCGUGCAAAUGGUCGUCGGGCCUUCAAUACUGAGACUGGUGGUGGGAAUGUAGAAUCUUGUGUUACUUACGUAUUGCAAGAGAUUACCUACCAAGCUGCUCAAUCUGAUGUUAUCCUCGGCUACGUUGGCUGGGCGGCCGGCUCCUUCUCCACAGACUAUGUACUGUCUCAGGUGCCUUCCUACAGCGGCAACAGCUGGAAUGACACACUCCUGGUCUCGAUGGCCAUGUCGCCUAAAACCAACAAGCUCGUUGCAUCCGUUGCAUGAAAUUGGCGUAGAGUAUUUUACCUAAACACACUUUGUGUAAUAAUGACAGGGCUUGAGGAACGUCAUCCCGUUUAUCAUCCGCUGUAAAAAGUGAUUUAUU